UAGGACCCAGAAGCAUUUCGAGCAUCCUGCUCUGCCGGCUGCCUCUCACGCUCACUGCAGUGGUUCAGGCUUCAGCAGCCUUGGAGAAGCAUCAGCUGAGAGGAGCUAUCACAUGGGAGCCGGGAGCUGCUCAGCAAAGAUACCUUUAUGAGGAAACGAGUCCAGAAGAGUUGCAGAGUUAGUAAUGCCCAGACCUGGAACCGGAAGCCUAACCUUAUGCUCCUUCUACUCCCUAUUUGGAGAUCAGAAAUCGGGAAAUUCACAUAAGCAGCCCUAAAACUGCGCACUGUUCCAGAACUCAGCAGGACCUGGGAAAGGCAGACAGAGGAUUCAGAAUCUCUGGAUAACAGCUCUUGAAGGGGGAGAAGGGUAUGGAGAAUGGAGGAAGGAAAGUGGAAAAGGAAGAGCCAGAGGUCACUCAGGAGGGGGAGUGCUAUUGAGUGGUCAAGGCUUCAUCUCUCUCAUGUCUCCUGCAUCUUCCCAGUUGUCAAGGCCAACCUGGGAGCCACCUCCUGCCAGAACAGGGAUAGGAAUUCCUAAGACUGCAGCUGCCUGGCCUGGUGCUCUGGCCACAGAGCAAUCCAACUUUGAAGGCUGGUGAUAAGAGGCUCCAGCAGGAGCUCCACUUACAAUAUUGGAAAGCCUGAGUCUGGGCUCACCAUCCCAGGGUUGUGAACUAGAAUGGGGGAUGGGCCUGUGACAGGAGGUGCCCUGGGUGUCCUCUUUCGGCCCCAUGGAGUCCUCGCCCAUCCCUCAGUCAUCGGGGAACUCUUCCACUUUGGGGAGGAUCCCUCAAACUCCAGGUCCCUCUACUGCCAGUGGGGUCCCAGAGGUGGGACUGAGAGAUGUAGCUUCAGAAUCUGUGGCCCUCUUCUUCAUGCUCCUGCUGGACCUGACUGCUGUGGCUGGCAAUGCUGCCGUGAUGGCCGUUAUCGCCAAGACACCUGCCCUCCGAAAAUUUGUAUUUGUCUUCCACCUCUGCCUGGUGGACCUGUUGGCUGCCCUGACCCUCAUGCCCCUGGCCAUGCUCUCCAGCUCUGCCCUCUUUGACCAUGCCCUCUUCGGGGAGGUGGCCUGCCGCCUCUAUUUGUUCCUGAGUGUAUGCUUUGUCAGCCUGGCAAUCCUCUCUGUGUCCGCCAUCAAUGUGGAGCGCUACUAUUAUGUGGUCCACCCCAUGCGCUAUGAGGUGCGCAUGACACUGGGGCUUGUGGCCUCAGUGUUGGUGGGUGUAUGGGUGAAGGCCCUGGCCAUGGCUUCUGUGCCAGUGUUGGGAAGAGUCUCCUGGGAAGAAGGAGGUCCCAAUGUACCCCCAGGCUGUUCACUCCAAUGGAGCCACAGUGCCUACUGCCAGCUUUUUGUGGUGGUCUUUGCUGUCCUUUACUUCUUGUUGCCCCUGCUCCUCAUCCUUGUGGUCUACUGCAGCAUGUUCCGAGUGGCUCGUGUGGCUGCGAUGCAGCAUGGGCCACUGCCCACGUGGAUGGAGACACCCCGGCAACGCUCCGAGUCUCUCAGUAGCCGCUCCACUAUGGUCACCAGCUCGGGGGCACCCCAGACCACUCCACACCGGACGUUUGGGGGAGGGAAAGCAGCGGUGGUCCUCCUGGCUGUGGGGGGUCAGUUCCUGCUCUGUUGGUUGCCCUACUUCUCUUUCCACCUCUACGUUGCCCUGAGUGCUCAGCCUAUUUCAACCGGGCAGGUGGAGAGUGUGGUGACCUGGAUUGGCUACUUUUGCUUCACUUCCAACCCUUUCUUCUAUGGGUGUCUCAACCGGCAGAUCCGGGGGGAGCUCAGCAAGCAGUUUGUCUGCUUCUUCAAGCCAGCUCCAGAGGAGGAGCUGAGGCUGCCUAGCCGGGAGGGCUCCAUUGAGGAGAACUUCCUGCAGUUCCUUCAGGGGACAGGCUGUCCCUCUGAGAACUGGGUUUCCCGGCCCCCACCCAGCCCUAAGCAGGACCCACCUGCUGUUGACUUCCGAAUCCCAGGCCAGAUAGCUGAGGAGACCUCUGAGUUUCUGGAGCAGCAACUCACUAGUGACAUCAUCAUGUCGGACAACUACCUCCACCCUGCCCCCUCACCCCGGCUGGAGUCAUGAUGGGACACUGGACACUUGGAGGGAGAUGGGGCUGGAGGCCAGUUGUGAUUGCAAAGACCGCCUUGUGGGACCACCUUUUUCCCAGCUGGGCUGCGACUGGGGUCUCCACAUAGUUUUUGCUUAGUGUUUCCUGGGUCGAAACCAGAGCCAACAAGAGGGAUAUGUGGCAAAAGUCAUGGACUUGGCUGUGAUCUUUGACUACUGGGGGAGGGAACCUGGGUAUGGUGAGACAAUGACGAGAGAAAAGGGUCACAAAGGACUGGCCUCCCUGAUCUCUCUCCUCAUGGCAGUGACCCACCUCCAGCCCCCUGGACAAUCGGGUACAAGAGACUAAGGUUGGGCAUGGGAAGGGUGGGGUUUCCAUGGUCCAUUAAAUGCUUCCCUACUCUCAUUCAUCGCUCUCAAAAUUAGCUUCAGUAACAAAGACUUAAAUCUCUUUCCUAUUUGCAGCCCUGGGUUGGAGAGAGGGCACAUGAGUUGGGCUGAGUUAUUUACUGAUUGAGACUCUAGGAACUGUGUUGAUUGGCUUUGGUGAUGGUAUUUGCAACAGAAAGGGAAUAAUUGCAAACUGGACAGGAAUCUGGGUCCACCUGUCUCACUUCCCUCAGUUGAAUCAGGUAACACUAAAGGGUCAUGGCAGGGCCCAAGGGUGGUGUGGUCUAUAUUUGAACAAAUUCUUGUUCUGAGCAUCACAGGGAGAAAAUGGCUUGGUGGGAGUGGGGCUGUCUCCCCUUUGAACAGCCAAUAAAUAAUUUUAUGAUAAAAAUUAUACUGAUACCAACAUUGACUCCUUCAGUUCAAUUCAGUACAUAAUAGUUUUAACACCCAUUAUGUCCUGGGACCCACACAAAGAAUGUGUGGGCCCCUGCCUUCAAGGAGCUAAUAAUCAGAUACUUUGUAUCUUUAUAGAGUAUUUGAAUCUAAUAAAGCAUUAUAAAAUAUUUCUAAAAUAUGCUUGAGAAAUAUGUUAGACUAUAUCCACAGUUCUAAUUUCUGAGAGUUCAUUGCAGUAGUACAUAGAGGUUUCCUGCAGAUUGUGGAAAGUGUGGGAGUUGUAAAUGAAAUGAAACUGGGCAAACAUAGAUUUUCCCCUUUUGAACUAGAAAAAUUUGUAGGUUUCUGUCUUCCUACCACUAGACUAUCAUUCUAGUACAGUGCCUAUUACACUGAAGAAAUCCCUUAGGAAAAAAAUGUAUAUAUAGCAAAGGAGUGUCCUUUGUGAUUCAAAAUCUGUUUACCUCUAUUUCCUUUUAAGAUAAAGUCAUAGGAGGAAUCUCCUUUCUAGACAGGGUAAAAACUUUUCAAUCACUAAUCAUCUAGUAGAUCUGAGGUAUUGCCAGCAGAUGGCAGUGUGAUUCUGGUGGAAAUAGGAAAGGCAUAUGAGGGGGGGAGGGAGAAAAGGGAAGGCAUUAAAUAUUGCUUGGCAGCCAUUUUGUAAAUUUAUUUUGGCUUUUCUUUUGACAUUGUCCUCCAACCCUUCCUUCACAAACAUCAAAGAAGAAAAGUUUUAAGUGCAAGGAUCUCUCUAAUUUAGACUGGAAUUACCUGACACUGUGAACUCACUGACAUUUACUACAGAGUUUGACAUAAAUAGAUUCAUUUGCAAUUUGUUUUUCCCUGUAGGAAUGGAUCAUGAAGGAAAUUAAAGAGUUUCUUUUAUUAUGAUGAGAACUUCCCAACAUUUUCUGCUAUGACCAACUUCCAGGAGUUUUCUAGUCACCAGGAUGGCUUGGUAAAGUUCAGUGUGUAAUUCUUAGCUCUGAAAGCUGUUCCUGGGUAAAACCUGACCUCCCUAAUACACUGAAGAAUCAGCAGGCUGAGGAAACCAGUCUGUCAAUUACUUUUUCUUACAUUCUAGUGAUAUCCAGGUGACUUCCAAUACUAAAUGAAAACCUUAGGCCUUUUGUUGUAUGAUGUCCCCAGAGCAAUAUCUUCUAGGGGGGCAAUGUAGAAAAGGGGUUAAUUUGUAGUCAGAUCUACUUACUCACUGUUUGAACUUGGGAAAGCUGCUUAAUUUCUCUGAGCCUAUUUCCUCAUCUGUAAAAAUGGGGAUCAUAAUAACCUACCUCACAGGGUUGUUGUGAGGAUUAAGAGAUGAGACAUGGAAGCGCCUAGCCAUAAUUGGUAAAUAGGUACUCAAUAAACAUUGGUUUUUCUUCCCUU